AUGAGGCCUAGAAUCGCGCUCAACUUCAAAUCCGUCGAGUACGAGUUCCUCCAAGAGCAGUUCGGAUCCAAGAGCGAGCUCCUCAUCAAAUCAAACGCUGUCCACAAGAAAAUCCAUGUCCUUCUGCACAACGGCAAACCCGUCUGCGAAUCCGUAGCGGCGGAGGUAGGUUUUGACGCCGACGAUGGUCGGGUGGCGGCCGCCGAUUUUGGGGGCUUCGGUGAAUGGUCGAGGAAGGAGGUGGGCGUUUGA